CAUUUUGGCGAGAAUUUUCUCGAAUUUGAAGUGUCAUUUCUAGACUUCGUGUUGCUUGUUUGAGCUCUGCGAACAAAUUAGUGAAUUAUUGAGCAUUGUGAAGAGAAAACCCUCAGUAUUUAAAAGUUAACAUUUUAUUGCAAGUGUUUAUUUGAUUUUAUCAAUUGUAAGCAGAAAACAAUCAUGGAACAGGUGUAUCAAUUAAAAGAGAAGGGUAACCAGGCAUUAGCUUGGGGUAAAUUCGAUGAAGCGGUGAAGUAUUAUACAAAGGCUAUUGCCUUAGACCCGCAGAACCACGUUCUCUAUAGCAACCGGUCGGCAGCGUACGCUAAAGACGAGAACUACACUGCAGCUUUAGCCGAUGCUGACCAGACUAUUACCCUGAACCCUACGUGGAGUAAAGGGUACUCUCGCAAGGGAUCAGCUCUCGCAUAUUUAGGGCGGCAUGAGGAAGCCAUUGCAGCUUAUGAAAAAGGUCUGGAACUGGAGCCCGGUAAUGAACAGCUCGCCUCAGGACUGGCCGAGGUGAAGAAACAAGCUGCUGAACUGCAGGUCAAGACAGAACAGCUCUUUGAAAAGCUCAGAGAGCACCCUAAAACAAAGGAAUGGAUGAAUGAUCCGGAAUAUGUCAAAAUGGUUGAAAAACUUGCAAGAAAUCCAUUUGAUGUAUCUGUACAAAACCUAGUUACAAAAAUGAAGGAGGAGAAAAUCACUACCACAAUUGGUAUUAUGUUUGGCUUGGACCUCAAUGUCCCCAUGGACGUGGACCAGCCAGCCCCUGAGAAGAAGGCAGAAGAACCACCAAAGAAGGAGGAACCAGAGAAACCCAAAUAUGAAGAUCUCCCCCAAGACAGAAGACUAGCCCUACAGGAAAAAGACUUAGGUAACGAUAGCUACAAAAAGAAGGACUUUGAGAAUGCCCUCAAACACUAUCAGAAGGCCAAGGAACAUGAUCCCUCUGACAUCACAUUCUACACAAACAUGGCUGCCGUGUACUUUGAGCAGAAGGAGUAUGAGAAAUGUAUUAAGGAGUGUGAGAAGGCUAUUGAUGUGGGCCGAGAAAAUAGAGCCGACUUUAAGUUAAUAGCCAAGGCCUUCACUAGGAUUGGCAACGCAUACAAAAAGAUGGAACAGUGGAAGCUAGCCAAAACAUACUACGAGAAGUCAAUGUCUGAACACCGCACACCGGAGAUCAAGACUCUUCUCAGUGAGGUGGAGAAACAGAUCGCCGAAGAAGAGAAGAAGGCUUACGUAGACCCCGUCAAGGCGGAGCAGGAGAAGGAGCUGGGCAAUGAUUACUUUAAGAAAGGUGACUACAGCACAGCGGUAAAGCACUACACGGAGGCCAUCAAACGCAAUCCCGACGACCCGAAGCUGUACUCCAACCGCGCGGCGUGCUACACCAAGCUGGCCGCCUUCGACCUCGGCCUCAAAGACUGCGACCAGUGCUGCAAGCUCGACCCUAAGUUCAUCAAGGGAUGGAUUCGGAAGGGGAAAAUUCUUCAGGGCAUGCAACAGCACUCGAAAGCGCUGACCGCUUACCAGAAGGCGCUGGAGCUGGACCCCAGCAAUCAGGAGGCGCUCGAGGGAUACCGCGCCUGCUCCACGCAGCUUAACUCCAACCCAGAGGAGGUCCGCAAACGCGCCAUGGCCGACCCAGAAGUGCAACAAAUCUUGCGAGACCCAGCAAUGCGCUGCAUCCUGGAACAGAUGCAGCAAGACCCUCAAGCCUUACAGGACCAUCUUAAGAACCCAGAUAUCGCCGCUAAGAUUCAGAAGCUGUUAGAAUCUGGCCUUAUCGCCAUACACUAGCUUACGAAUGCCUCGUCUAGCGAUUAGUGGUAUAUCAAUAAUAAGUAUCCGAAUCGAGUAGGAAAACUACGAUUUUAGUAGUUUUAUCUCGUUGCUGGCAACGUCUCCAAUCGUACGUGCGAGUAAAGACAAUGUGUCACCAUAUAAGUUAUCUAUGAACUCUGAAGUCAACACGAUCCCAGCUGCACUUAAUUAGUUUUUCUAAUCGAUUCAGCUGCAAGUGUAGUCUCCCCUAUCUCAGAUACUUUUAAAUGGAGAUUGAGUAACUGAUGAAAGCAUUUUCGCCUACCAAAUGUUGAAAGGAACUUAAUUAGGAAUUUAAAAGUCAUCGCUUUUUUACUGUGAUUUUACUCGAUAACUGUUAUGCUUGUCUCAAAUUGUAGGCUUGUGGACCAUUCCAAAGUAUGCUUUUACAGUAAGAUUGUUGCAGUUUGGCCUUUUUUUGGUUCUAGGUUUUAUUUAGCAUACCUACUUAAUUUGAAGAAUAUAUUUAUGCAGAUAUACUGCCUGAAAGAAGGAUUUACAUUAAUAGCAAUUUUUGUAAUUUAUUCAAUAAAGAAGUAUGUAGGCA